AUGAUGAGUGAUGAGUUUGAGAUGAGCAAGUUUGGAGAAUUAAAUUUCUUCCUCGGGCUACAAGUCAAACAAACAGAUGAUGGCAUGUUCAUCUCCCAAAGCAAAUAUGCUCGGACGUUGGUCAAAAGAUUUGAGUUAGAUGGGAGUAAAUCUGCAAAAACACCAAUGUCCACUACUACAAAGCUGACUCAUGAUGAAGAUGGAGAAGAUGUUGAUCCUAAGCUAUGCAGGAGAAUGAUUGGAAGUCUACUUUACUUGACCGCAAGUAGACCUGAUCUGUGCUUGAGUGUGGGCAUUUGUGCAAGAUAUCAGGCCAAACCGAAAAAAUCUCAUUUGCAGAUUGGGGAGGUCAUGCUGAUGAUAGACGAAGUACUUCUGGAGGUUGUUUCUUUCUUGACGCUCUCCGAUUACGGUAUCAACUUACCUUGCUUUACUGCUUAUUGUGAUAAUACGAGUGCCAUUAACAUUUCAAAGAAUCCUGUUCAGCACUCUCGAACUAAGCAUAUUGAGAUUCGUCACCAUUUUCUACGAGAACAGGUUGAGAAGAAAACCUUGAUCAUUGAGUAUAUUUCUACUGAAAAACAAUUGGCUGACAUAUUUACUAAACCUCUAGAUAUGAACAGGUUUGUUGGUUUGCAAAAAUCCCUCGGUGUGGGGGAACUCUGA